UGGCGUAGCUUUUAUUGAUGGCGGGACGCCGUGCCGCGGGUUAGACCAAAGUGAAGAUUUCUGAAAUGAAUGCAAAAAGGAAAAUCCGGAAGAGAAAAGUUGAAGAAUCAUUGCUGCUUAACUCUGAACAAAGAGAGUCUGAUGAAAAGGAGAAUUUUGAAGCAAAAUUCAUUAAUGAAGAAAUAGGGCAAGGUGUAUUUGCCAAAAAAAAUUUAUUGAAGGGGAGAUACUACUAGAAUAUAGGGGAGAACUCAUCGAAGGAGAUUUUGAUUCUGAAGAUGACACAUAUGUUUUUCAAUUACACUUUAAAAGAAAGCAAUUUUGCAUUGAUGCUACAGAAAACAGAUCAUUUGGAAGAUUACUAAAUGAUGAGCACAAAAAACCAAAUUGUAAAGCAACGAUAAUUGAAGAAGAUGGUAAACCCCAUGUAUAUUUUGUUGCUGUCAGAGACAUAAACACUGGGGAAGAACUACGAUAUAACUAUGGUCCAGGAAUUUAUAGUUGGAGAACCUCUAAAACGCGCCAAAGAUGCAAAAUAGGUGGAGACAAAGACUCUAAGCAAGGAUCCACCAACAAAGAUUCACACUCUACACGAGGAGCCACCACCAAAGAUUUAGACUCUCCAAGAGGAUCCACCACCAAAGGUUCACAUUCAGGCUCUCCACGAGGAGUCACCACCAAAGAUUCAGACUCUAUGGGAGGAUCCACCACCAAAGAUUCACAUUCACACUUUACGCGAGGAUCCACCACCAAAGAUUCACACUCAGACUCUACACAAGGAGCCACCACCAAAGAUUCACACUCAGACUCUACACAAGGAGCCACCAUCAAAGAUUCACGCCAAGACUCUACACGAGGAGCCACCACCAAAGAUUCACACUCAGACUUUACACAAGGAGCCACCACCAAAGAUUCACACUCAGACUCUACACAAGGAGCCACCACCAAAGAUUCAGACUUUACACAAGGAGCCACCACCAAAGAUUCACACUCAGACUCUACACAAGGAGCCACCACCAAAGAUUCAAACCAAGACUCUGCACAAGGAGCCACUACCAAAGAUUCAGACUCUACAGGAGGAUGCACCACCAAAGAUUCAGACUCUCCGCAAGGAGCCACUACCAAAGGUUCACAUUCAGACUCUAUGCGAGGGGCCACCACCAAAGAUUCAGACUCUCCACGAGGAGCCAUCACCAAAGAUUCAGACUAUCCACGAGGAGCCACCACCAAAGAUUCAGACUCUCCGCGAGGAGCCACCACCAAAGAUUCAGACUAUCCACGAGGAGCCACCACCAAAGACUCAGACUCUAUGCAAGGAGCCACCACCAAAGAUUUAGACUCAGAUUCUAUGCGAGGAGCCACAACCAAAGAUUUAGACUCAGACUCUAUGCGAGGAACCACCACUAAAAAGUCAGACUCUACACGAGGAGCCACCACCAAAGAUUCACGCUUAGAAGAUGUUGGGAUGUGUCUUGCAAAAAUAACGGUGAUCAAGAAGGAUGAUAGUUUAGGAGCCAUUUACCAUAUGAAUGAAGAGGAAUGUGUCAUUGGAAGUGGAAGAGAGUGUAAUAUAAAAGUGUCCCUAACAAAUGUUGACAAUAUUCAUGCAGUUGUUGCAGUUGACAGAUUCAAGGCUUCCGUAACAAAUUUUAGUAAAAAGUUUCCUGUCAUUCUCAAUGGAAAACCAAUUGAAAUUGGCAAAGAAUUGAAUGAUGGAGAUAUGUUGGUCAUUGGUGGCAGAAAAUUUUUAUUCAAUCAUAAGAAAAGUUGCAAUAGUCACUCGGAUCUUUUUGAGGACUCGUCUGAACAUUCUGAUCCUUUUGACCCAGACUAUGAAAUGUCAGAGGAUGCAGACAAUGUGACUUCAGAAGACAGUUGUGAUGAAAUAAUUGAGGAAGAAGUUGAACUUGUUUCAGAUUCAGGUUCGGAUGUUAUUCCUUAUCAAGGACCACUCCAAUUUUUGGACCAGGAGGAAACAGUUAGUUCAACAUCAGAGCUUAUGGCUUUAAAUUCAGCAUCAAAGCACCAAAAGCAAAGAGCUACAGAUUUUGUAAUCAAGAAUGACAUCAUUUCAAGUACCGUUAAAGAUGUGGAAGUUCAGCAAUCUGGGAAUCAGGAUGGGAUUCGUGUUUGGGACAAGGUACACUAUUGUGUGUACUGCGAAAAAGGAUUCACCAAUAUAACUAAACAUUAUUUGGGAGUACAUUCAAAUGAAACAGAUGUGCAACAUAUCAAAUCUCAUCCUUUAAAGUCCACCAAUAGAAAACUUGCCCUAAUGAAGCUGAGAAACAGUGGUGAUUUUCAACACAAUUAUGAAGUGUUAAGAACACGCCAUGGAACUUUAGUAACUUUUACUAGAAAUUGGAAUGAAACUUCUGCAGACCAAUUUCUGCCUUGUCAAUAUUGUUUGGGAUUUUUCCUUAAAUCUUCUUUAUGGCGACACACCAAAAAUUGUCCGUUUGCUCCUGAAAGAAAAGAAAAAUACAGAAAAGUAUCAUCACAAUCCAUGCUGCUUCUUCCAACUAGCACAGAUGUUAGCGAAGGCCUAAGAGAAAAGGUAUUAAGCCGAAUGUCUGCUGAUGAAAUUAGUAUAGCAGCCAGGAAUGAUCCUAUUAUUGUGAGAGUUGGGGAAAAACUUUAUCAGAAACAUGGACACUUGACUCACCUCUAUACAUAUGUAAGUCAAAAGAUGAGAGAACUUGGAAGAUUACUGAUUUUACUUAGAGAAACUGACAAAGAUAUUAAUUCUCUAGAUGAUGCAAUCCAUCCAAAGAAGUACCCUGCUGUGGUAAAAUGUACAAAAACAUUAUGUGGCUUUCAAGAAAACUCAAAUUCAUACAAUAAUCCAUCCUUAGCACUGAAGUUGGGACAUUCUCUUAAAAAAUGUGCAAAAAUCAAAAAUUCCUUAGCCCUGAUUCAAGGAAAUGGAGAUUCAACCAAAGACGCAGAGGGAUUUUUCACUCUGUGUGAAAACGAAUGGACUGAUUCAGUCUCAAGCAGUGCAUUUCAGACGUUGGCAUCAAACAAAUUGAACAAAGGUCAUGGGUUACCUCUCGCAGAAGACAUCCAAAAAAUGCAAACUCUUCUUAAGGAAAAAACUGAAGAGCUUGUUAUUCAGCUACAAAAAUCAGUGAAGAAUUCUGUAUGGGAUGAGCUGAAUCAAGUGACAUUGGCCAGACUUGUGAUGUUUAACAGACGCAGAGGUGGAGAGUCAGAGAGAAUGACACUUGCGUCUUUCUGUGAAAAAAGGUCAAAGAGUGACUCACUAAAAGAAAUUGAAGAUUCCUUAAAACCACUUGAAAGAAUCCUCUGCAAAACCUUUUCAAGAGUUGAAAUUCGUGGAAAAAGAGGACGUAUGGUCCCAAUCUUAAUAAAACCAGCACUAGAGAGGAGCAUAGUUUUGCUAAAUGAAACCAGGGAACAGGCUGGAGUAAGUAAAAGCAAUCCUUAUGUCUUUGCCAGGUCAGGCUUCAGUUCCCUUAACCCAAUCCGAAGCUCAGAUUGUCUUCGAAAGUUUGCUGAAGAAAGUGGGGUUAAAAACACUCGGAAUUUGACUAGUACAAAGCUGAGGAAACACGUUGCUACAGUAUCACAAAUUUUAAAUUUAGAGAAAAGUGACAUUGAAAUCAUGGCAGGUUUCCUUGGACAUGACAUUAGGGUGCACACAUCAUUUUAUAGGCUCCCAAGCGAUACAUUACAGAUUGCAAGAAUGGGAACAAUUCUGACUGCUUUUGACAACGGAGAAAUUUCAAAAUACAGUGGAAAAUCUUUGGACCAAAUUGCCUGUGAAGACAUUAAACUUGGCAAUGAAGAAGGUGAAGAGGAUAUGAGCAGUAGUGGAGAGGAAAGUGAUGAAGACAAUUGUCACAGAGGAAAAAUGAGGAAGCUGAAUCCUCCAAAAGAAGCUGCAGAGAGUGAAUCUGACAGUGAAGAGGACAAUGAGAAUGCACAUGGCAUGGCUAAGAAAGAAAGGGAACAUGGGAAAAAUACAAAAACAGGCUCCUCAAAGAAACCAGGAAGUGAUGACCAAUACAUGAAAGGGAAACCUAAAAGAGUGCCAAAUACACGGCAUCAGUGGACACAAGAUGAGAAAGCUGCCCUAUUGAGAAAGUUUAAGAAGCCUAUUUCUUUAGGAAAAACACCUGGCCAAUUGGAUUGCUUAAAUGCUAUUAGGCAAGAGACAUGUUUAGCCAAGUUCACUUGGAAACAAAUAAAGUUUGCUGUAAAAAAUAUCAUUACAUCUGAAAGAAGACAAGUGAAGAAAAUGACAAAACAGGUGUAGAUUUCUUUGCAAAGAAUGCAAAAAAUAUCUUCAAAGAGAUGUAACUGGAUAGGUGAUGUAAGAGAUGUAACUCAGAUGAUUUAAAAGAUGUAACUUAGAGAGAUGAUGUAACUUGGAUAUAUUACUUUAUUUUCAUUUCACUUGUACCAUAACUAUUUUCCCCCUUCCUGUCCUUAUUCUGUAAUGUUUUUUAAACUGAUUUUUUAAAUUUUGCCUAUUGUGUUUUGGUACAAGUUUGAUCAAAAUUGGGGAAACUUCCUUUGUAACUUCAUUAUAUUCAUUCCCGCGGAACUAAUUGGUAAUGCCAACUUGAUGCAACCCGUGAAAAACUUUCUUGCAAGCUGGUCUCUUGGAAGAGAUCUGCCAUGAAUAUGUGUUUGUCCAUCUUUCAUCCAUCUGUCCAUUUGUCACACUUUAUCUUUAGUUAAGUUUCAAAGAAAUUGUAGAAUAUACUUUUAUUGAAUUCCAUAUGCUGAUAGAUAUUGGUUAGUGUUAUUCAAUUGCAUGUUAACUUUCCUUUGGUCUUAACCUUACUUUUCUUGAAUUUGCAUUUAGUUCAGUAUCAAAGAAAAGAUAUUUCUAGGAAAACUCAUACACUAAUACAUAUUGGUAAGAGCUAUUCAACUGUGUCAAAAAUUGUUGGUCUUAAGUUCACUGUUACUCAUUUUGUGUUUAACUUAGUUAUCAAGAUUUUUUUCUUCAAAUUAUAUAUUAGUAAGAGCUAUCCAACUGCAUCAAAAUUUUCUUUACCUUGACCUUCCGUAUGACCUUUACCUCACUAUUCCUUAAUUUGUAAUUAGCUCAUUUUCAAAAAAAGUAUUCCGGAUAUUUCUAUUAAAACUCAUACACUGGUACAUACUCAUGAGAAUUAUUCAAUUUAAUAUAAGUCUGACCUUAACCUUGCAAUUCGUCAUUUUGCAUUUACUUAAAGGAUGAACUUUAAACAAUUAAGUUAUUCCUUCUUUCAUCAUAUAUUACUAUAAGCUCAGACCAAAGAAGCAGGAUAUUAUUUUUUUGUUCAUUUUACAAUACAAAUGUACAUUGGGUGGGACAUUCAUGUCCUAUAGACAUGUUUCUAGUUCAUUGAUGUUUUAGAAAUGUGAAGCUUUUCGGCUUACCUCUGAUAAAAUACUUUGAAAUAGCCAUGGACUGAGAAACAAUAAAAUAAAGUUUAUUCUUAUA